UCCCCUUUUUUCAUUUUGAAGACAUGGCAUCAAUACUUGAUAUAUUUUUACACCAUUUGGAAUGAAGAUUCUUUAAAUCAAAGUUACUGAAAAUGGUGCGUGGCUUAGGAAGUCUAUUACCAUGUCUCUCUUUCUCAUUCUUUGUCAACAUUUGCUAUGGAAAACUCUAAAUCUCACAUCCGAUCAUUAUAUACCAUAUGUCUUGAGUACAUUGUAAACCACAACGAAUCACUGACAGCACUAGAUCAUGUUCCCUUUCAACCAUUUGCAUCUGACAUAAUUCACGGCAUAUUCCAAUCAAAAAAACAGCUUGAAAAAACCACCUUAUCUAUCUUUGGUAAGACCUAUGGUCAAUACCUACUGAGGCAUACUCCAUCCGAAUGGACAAGUAUUCAAUUUUCUUACUUUAAACUGGCUGGCUCCAGUGCAGUCGUACUCGGAUUUAUCUCACAGCACUUUCCGAUGUUUGUUACGCGAUUAGACAUGAGUUACACUGAUAUUCAAGACAAGCAUAUAUCCUUGAUCAACGGAUUUAAGCAUCUUUCAGUACUAAACCUUCGCGGCGCAAGGCUCUUGUCAGAUAGUGCUGUAUCUGACCUAUCAGCGAUGGCGAUAUACAAAGGACUACCAGCGCUUGAAGAGAUCUCUUUGUCCGAUAUUCCAUCCAUAACAGAUAAAUCAUUAAAACAUAUCGGCAAGAUGGCAUCACUAUGCUACAUUGAUUUGACAGGCACAUCCGUGACAGGGCAAGUGGCCGACAUGUACUUGAUAAAGCUAGGAUUUACGAAAACAGAUGAGAAAAGACACCAGCAGCAGUCUCCUCCUUGUGUUAAGCUUCAUCAGGAUAUCCUUGACAUGGUUCUGGCGAGUACAGAUUUUGUGAGAGGGGUCAACAUGUCAAUGAAGCCUAGUACAUCAUUAUCAAGAAACUUGUGUUAUAAAAGGACUCAAGCUCGCGUAGAACAAGUCCAAAAAAGAAAACUGAGUUACGAUGAUAACAAAAGAAAGAAAGUGAGGAACGAAUUGAACCUUGACGUUUAUUUUGAUUCCAUUGUCAAUGAAUUUUUACAAGACUAG